GAUAUCUUAAUAAUACCCCUUUUUAAACAAAAAUAUAUCUUUCUAGAUUUUGCAUUAACCUACCCAAACUGGAAUGGGAUCCCUUCCUUCGCCGCCGUUGCCGUCGCCGGAGAAUUAUCUCUCGAAUUAUGUUGUGGCUGCUGUGUUUUGUCCAAGGGAAGCUAGCUCAGAAGUGACUCUCCCAAAUUCAAUUGAGUUGUAUUACCCACACACCAACACAUGGAGCCAUGUUGGGCCAAUUCCGGGCCUGAUGGAUGGUCAAGUGUUGAAGGGCUUCUCUAUGGUCUCCUUAGGGGACUCCAUUUACAUAAUUGGUGGCCAAAUUUGUCACAAAGAAAGGGUCCACGUCACUGAUGAGUCAGCUGAUUUGCUUGACGUUGGAAUCCAGGUUGUUCCAACGGUCUACCGUUACAAUCUGAAAACCAACCAAUUCUUCCCAUGUGCGCCACUACACGUGGCAAGGUAUGACUUCGCGUGCACGGUUUGCGACAACAAGAUCUACGUGGCAGGAGGGAAGUCCACGCUGGCAAGUGCGAGAGGAAUCUCGUCUGCCGAGGUGUAUGACCCCGAGUUCGACACGUGGAGAGCUCUACCCAAUAUGCGUGUUUUGAGGUACAAAUGCACGGGAGUGACGUGGCAGGGAAAAGUGUACAUAGUGGGAGGAUUCGCUGGAAGGGAAGACUCAGAUAAGACGAUGCCUAGCUUAGUAGAGCGGAGCUCGGCGGAGGUUUAUGAGACGGCGACGGAAAAGUGGGAGCUGAUGGCGGGGAUGUGGCAGUUGGACGUGCCGGCGAAUCAAAUAGUGGAAGUGAAUGGAACUCUGUUUAGCUCUGGAGAUUGCUUGAAUGCAUGGAAGGGACAGAUUGAAGCCUAUGAUGGGAAGCUUUGGUAUGAAGUUGAUGGAUCAAGCAACCAAAGCCUUUCCUCUUUGGAACACACCUAUAGCAAACGUUUGUACCUAACAAUGGCACCAAUUGCGACCUCCUUGUUUUUCUUCGCAGGUUACAGGCUGGAUCGUCACGUUGUCUCUACACUGUCUCUUGUCCACGUGUUUGACACGUCAGCCACCGGACAUGCUUGGAGGACCUUUCAGCCUGUCGAAUUCGACGACAAGCCCUAAGGUGGGUCAACAACAAGUCCUUCCUGGGCCCCAUCCAUUUUCUAUUGUAGGCUAAACCACAAACUUCUCAAGCCCACAUGGCCUGUGAACAUAAAACCACGAAAAAAUAGAUAAAAAGCCCAACACUCAAUUCUAAUGCUUUUCGCACCAUUCCUUUUUAGUGUGACCAUCAGCAACGUGAAAAGAAGAGAAUGUGGGCCCAUGGUUCACGUGAGCCAUGGGCUCAGACCCCGGCCCCACAAUUUGGUUAAGCAAAGAUCUUCGCACCUGCCGGGCGUGGCAUCCACGCGUGAACCCUACACAGUUCACGUCACUAUCCAAUGAUAUUUUGAUUACGUGAUAUUUCAUUUUUAUAGUAACCUCUGACUUUGACCCUCUUUGUACUUAAACUCAUAUGAGCCGUUGAUCUUGUGAGACAAUCCCGAGGGCCACAUGUUGGGUUUGGGCCUUAAAAAGGCCGACACACGUAUAUGGGAGGCUUUUUUUUACUUUUUUUUUCGUCUUGGUACUUUUAUUCCCUUUAGUGAAACUGAGAUACGUGGUAGGCUAUGGAUUUGUGACACGUGGAAGAGGCUUAGAGGUUGAAAUACGAAUCAUGAUGAUGGGGGAAGGAAUGGUGCAUCAUGCAUGCGAUUUUUCUCUCUCUUUCUUUAAUUUUUUUUUAAUAUUUCUUCCCCUUGUUGGGCCAAACUA